AUGUCCCAAAUAAAAGAUCAUAUACAAGCAGCAAAGCACAGUCAAGAGAUAUCAACUUCGUCAAAAUCGUUACCAUCUGAUUCCUCUGAUUCCCCAAAUUCUAUUUCAUCCAAAUCUGUGCCAAUUACGUCUACUACGACUACUACUACUUUGAAUAGUCAGUCAAAAAGGCGUCAUAGAAGAUUGUCUUCUUUAUCUGAAUAUACUGAUCCAUUUUCUGAUGCUGAAGUAUAUUAUGGUCCAGUAACUGAUCCAAGAAAAAAGAAUGAUUAUACUACAGGUACCUUUCAUGGUACCACUCUCAACGAUAGUAACUCAGCUAGUAAUGCCUUUGGCUCCAAUCUUAUGAGUGAUCUCACUGCUACGAAUGAAAAUCGCAUGACUGAUAAAUCAACCCCUCGGAGAUUGAAUAGAACAAGAACUAUGAGUGUUUUUGACAAUGUAUCUGAUUUUAAAAAAGAAUUGGUAAAUGAUUACCAUUUAAAGAGACGUGGUUCUGAAGAUGAUACAUAUUCAUCUAGUAAAGGAAACAGAAAAUUUUUCAUUGAAGACGUUGAUAAAAUCUUGGAAGAAUUACUGCGUAACGAAGAUACUGAUAAAAAUUAUCAAAUCACUAUUGAAGACACAGGACCAAAAGUUUUAAAAUUGGGUACAGCAAACUCGUUUGGUUACAGACAUGUUAACGUCAGAGGAACCUAUAUGUUAUCUAAUCUUUUACAAGAAUUAACUAUAGCCAAAAGCUUUGGAAAACACCAAAUUUUUCUAGAUGAAGCAAGAAUUAAUGAAAAUCCCGUGAAUAGAUUAUCAAGGCUUAUAUCAAAUCAGUUUUGGAACAGUUUAACUAGAAGAAUAGAUUUAUUCAAUAUAGGUGACAUUGCUGCAGACACCAAAAUUGAUACACCAGAAGCAAAAAAUCCAAGAAUUUAUGUCCCACAUAAUUGUCCAGACCAGUACGAAUUUUUUGUCCAAGCAUCUCAGCUGAAUCCCUCAAUGAAGCUGGAAGUGGAGUAUUUGCCAAAAAAAGUGACACCAGAAUAUGUCAAAUCUCUAAAUAGAACUCCAGGAUUGUUAGCACUAGCCAUGGAGGAACAUGUUAAUCCAUCUACAGGUGAAAAGUCUUUAAUAGGAUAUCCGUAUGCUGUACCUGGAGGCCGAUUCAAUGAACUAUACGGAUGGGAUUCCUAUUUAAUGGCAUUAGGGUUACUAGAAAGUAAUAAAAUCGAUGUUGCAAAAGGCAUGGUGGAACAUUUUAUAUUUGAAAUUCAACAUUAUGGUAAAAUUUUAAACGCCAAUAGAAGUUAUUAUCUAUGUAGAUCACAACCUCCCUUUUUAACUGAUAUGGCAUUGAAAGUAUUUGAAAAACUUGGUGGUAGUAGCAAUCCCAAUGCUAUAGAUUUAUUGAAAAGGGCAUUUAUUGCAGCAAUAAAAGAAUAUAAAACUGUUUGGACAGCUGAACCAAGAUUGGAUCCUGUAACAAAAUUAUCAUGUUACCACCCUGAUGGUAUCGGUAUUCCACCUGAAACUGAACCGGAUCAUUUUGAUACUAUAUUAUUCCCCUAUGCCAAAAAAUAUAAUUGUUCUUUACAAGAGAUUAGAGACAUGUACAACAAUGGGCAAAUUAAUGAACUAGCUCUUGAUGAAUUUUUCUUACAUGACAGAGCAGUUAGAGAGUCAGGACAUGAUACAACAUAUAGAUUUGGAGGUGUUUGUGCCUAUCUUGCUACAAUUGAUUUGAAUUCCUUGUUAUAUAAAUAUGAGAUCGACAUUGCAGAUGUAAUUAAAAACUAUUUUGAUAAUAAGUUUGUUGAUCCACAUGAUGGUUCCAUAUCUACAUCGGAAGAUUGGUUAGAUUUGGCUAAAAAAAGAAAAAAUAGAAUCAAUAAGUACAUGUGGGAUGAAGAAUCUGGUUUCUUUUUUGAUUACAACGUGAAAACAAAAAAGAGAACUUCGUAUGAAUCUGCAACAACAUUCUGGUCUUUGUGGGCUGGGCUUGCAACUCAGAAGCAAGCUUCAUUAAUGGUCGAAAAAGCCCUUCCCAAACUAGAAAUGCUCGGUGGUAUUGUUGCCUGUACUGAAAGCUCAAGAGGUCCUAUUUCCAUAAAUAGGCCUAUAAGACAAUGGGAUUAUCCAUUUGGAUGGGCUCCACAUCAGAUAUUGGCUUGGGAAGGAUUAUCAAAAUAUAGUUUCAGAGAUGUUGCUACACGCUUGGCUUAUAGGUGGCUAUAUAUGAUGACAAAAGCCUUUGUUGACUAUAAUGGUAUUGUAGUGGAGAAAUACGACGUAACAAGAGGUACUGAUCCACAUCGUGUUGAGGCAGAAUAUGGUAAUCAAGGUGCAGACUUUAAAGGUGUGGCCAAAGAAGGUUUUGGAUGGGUUAAUACAAGUUAUUUACUAGGAUUGAAAUAUAUGAAUAGUCAUGCUAGAAGGGCUUUGGGAGCCUGUAUUCCUCCCCAACCAUUCUUUAAGAGUUUAAAACCAAGUGAGAAAUCUGCUUAUGGUCUAUAA